AUGUCCAUGCAGAAGCACCUAAGUGUCACAGACUGCCACAACCGUUCUGUAAGUGCCCUGGGAUAUCACUUGGCUCGAAGAGAGUUCCUGACCGGCUUUGAGGAUGGCGUUAUUAAAUGGUGGGAUUUGGAGACGGGACAGCUGACGUUUUCAGUCUUUGAGCAUGCCGGUAUGAUCACCCAGUUCCUGUACUGGGCAGAACCUAAACUUCUUUUCUCAGCAUCAAACGAUGGGACCAUUGUGGUGUGGACUGUCGGGGCGACAGUCUUUGACCGGAUUAAGUGCAAUGCCUCGGUAUUCUGCAUGGCCAUCAAUCACCGGAGGCACCAACUCAUCUGCGGAUUCAAAAAACAGCUCAGGGUCUUUGCCUUGGAUGUCAAGAAGGAGUCCGGUCACGUGUUAGAGCUGGAGACGAGCUUCACCAAUCACAGGCACAAAGACAUUGUGUCAGCUGUGGUCUGCAUCGAUACCCGGAUUUACUCUGCUGGGUAUGACAAGAAAUUCAUCGUGUACAACACCAGCUCAUACCCAAACAGCAGAAGCCUGCAGGUCGUGCACUGCAACCCCAAUGCUCACGAUGCGGGUAUCACAAGCUUGAUGGUGAUUCAAGAACACGAGAGCACAAGGUGGUUGAUGACUGGUUCCUUCGACAAAAGUGUGAGGGUUUGGUCUCAGGAUGGACAGCUGAUCAUAAAGCUCCCUCACUUCCCCCAGUUUAUAAGCAGCCUCUGCUUUGUGGCCUGUGUGAACUCUGUGUGGAUCUGCAGCGGCCUUCCAUCCCCUUCCAUUUUCGACCCAAGCUCUGGAGAGAUUGUUUCUGAGUCUGUUGAAACUUUCCAAACGCAUGAAACUAGACAACCAUUCCAUCAACUGGUCUGUAUCCCCGAGACUAAUCAUGUGAUCGGUAAGGACACAUUCUCUUUAAUAGUUUUGCCAGGAGUGUUUGCUAUGACCAGGUUCCAGCAGGCAGCACAGACAUGUGACGGUGUGGAAACACAACAAGAUGGGCUGCGUCACUGUCUUGCAAAGCAAGCUGCCCGUGGAGUGCCUGACUUACAUCAUGAAGUGUUCAAUAUGUUUGAAACACAGUCCAGGGGAAUGGCCAGGCACAAUACCAUCAAACCGAGAAGGAACACCAGUCAGCGAAAAGCCCAUUCAGCCUACCAUCUUGUCGAUGUUGCCCAGAAUGGGGAAAAGGAAUCACCUACAGUCGCAGCAUCUAAAAAGACCAUGCAACCACCUAGUUUCACCAGGACCGUGUUUGUGGAAGAGUUGGACUUGCUGGUGCUGGCUGCUGACAAUGGAAAUAUUUACCUUUGGGGCUUUGACGAUUCCCUUUCUGGAAUCCUUGAGAUGAUGCCUUCAAAGAGAAGCCAAGAGCAAGAUAAGACAAGGAGAUUUGAAGUCUUACUGGAGCAAUCCAUUAACAGACGAUGUUCUGCAGCUGAAGAAGAGAAUGCUUCAGUCAAUGAUCGGGUUUCAGGCUUUGUCUGUAAGAAGGUCUUGUCUCACCAUAUCCAGCCUGUAGGAGGAGUUGCUGUAGUUGGGAGAGAUCAAGGCUACAGCACAGAUUACCUGAUCUCAGGAGGCUGGGACAGGAGAAUUUGUGUGUGGGAUCUGCAAGCGUGUGUGUUACAUGACAUAUUCUCCAACACCGCACUGGAUGAGAGGAGCAACGUUCAAGAGCUGGCCUGUGAUGGAGCCAUUCUAGAUCUUGCCUACAGCCCAAAGCGGAAUGAAUUUGCCUAUUCGUCGAGCGAUGGGAUGAUCUACAUUCGCCACUUCAGCCCCACCACAACUCAGAUGAAGCUCGUGAGUGUGCUGCAAGGCCAUGAGGCUGACAUCACUGCCAUCUUAUGGCAUUCUCUCCUGAACAAGUGGCUCAGUGGUUCAGAGGACGGGAGUAUUCGCUUAUGGAAUGAAGAUGGAACAAAAUGCGAGCAGAUGCUGGUGGCUAACGGAGCAGUUAAUUGUCUCUGCAUCGACCGGGUCAAUGGUUGCAUUCUAGCUGGGAUUCAAGAGAGCUUGCGAGUUUAUGACCCUGAGUCCUUCACACAAGUGCAGAGAAACAUUGGGCACACAGAUUCAAUCCGUUCCAUCAUACACAUCCCUGAGAGAUCUCAGUAUGUUACAGCCUCCUGGGAUCGCACUCUGCGCAUCUGGAAUUCAUACGUCAAGCCUCUUCCCAAAAGCAAUGACAUGAGGGAAAAUGCAGCAGCUGAGGGGAAACUGCAACAGGACAUCAAACACGUUUAG